UAAAGCAGUUGGUUCCUGCCUUCAUUCCAGUUGGCAAAUCUCUCUGAGACAGAAGCAAGACUCUCUUUUCCAGACCAGUCAGCUGGUGUGGGUGCUCAGCUGGUUUGCUCUACCACCUUAUGAAAGUGAUCUUGAUCCUGUUUCCACAUGGCGUGUCCUGAAAAUGGGCUUGGAAAGCACAGCCGUUCGUCCAUAAUGGUACCUACGGACAACAAUGGAAGCAGGGAGACACGCCACAAUGUGCAGCUCCAGUGUCUGAAUUCCAUGUUGAAGGAUGAUGAGGAUGACGCAGAGACCUGGGCUCGCCCUCGUGUCUCCUUGAGACGUCCCCUCACUGUGCCAAGAGCAGGAGCCGGCAUUCCUGAAAAUCCAAGAGCUCUGAGACACCCUUUUACACUAACACCUGCUACUGAUGAAGAGUCCCUAGCAACAGCAGAAGUAAACAGCUCAGAGGGCUUGGUGGGCCAGAGCCAGAAGGGACAUGAUUGUAUUAAUAUGUCUCGGGAAGUCUCUGGAAGUCCUAUAGCACUGACACUUAGAGGCCCAAGAGUUGGUAGUGGGAUUCUUGAGAGAAGUGGAAAUAACUCAAAACCAUAUAUUCCUGUGCCUAGAACCCAAGUGUUCUUUUCUCCAAGAGGCUCCCAGUCACGGGGCCCUCCUUAUGUCCCCACACUUAGAUCAGGGAUAAUGAUGGAGGUGACUCCGGGAAAUGCUGGAAUGGCAUACAGGGGCAACCUGGCUCGUGUUUCUUUCCCACUGGGAAGUCCAAGGUUCCCUAUGGAUAAUUGGCAGCAGAGACCUAGUCUCCCUUUGUCAACCAGUGUUCCUGGUUUACCAUGCUCUGCUGCUCAUUGCUUUCUGCCUCCGCAAGCUCCAACAUUCAAUCCAUUUCUGGUGACACCUACUGCUAUUGCUUCUUCCUUGGGAUUUGGUCCUCCACUGUUGCCUUAUUUUUUUCAUUAUAACACUCGAGGAAUGUACCCUCCUCCAUACUUAAACUAGAGAACUUGUAAGGAGAAAAGGGGAA